AUGGCGUUUUUCUGCACAUGGAGCCAGCUGGCGUUCCACUGCUGUUCCCUUUUCUGCCGGAAAAUCUCCGCUCUCUUGGCUAUUCGACGUAUCUCGUUGGAAAAUGGCAUCUUGGUUACUGUCGGAAGGAAUUUCUGCCCACAUCGCGUGGUUUUGAUUACUUCUACGGAUUUUAUGGACCUCAAGCUGGUUACUUCAAUCACAGUUCAGGUUUGGUGA